AUGACUGAAGGUGCGGACGUCACGCACCACUGCAACGAGGUCCUCAACAUCUCCUCCAAGCUUAGCGGUGUCGGUGCGAAGAUGGAAGACGAAGACGUUGCAAUCUGUCUGCUGCUCAGUCUUUCAAAGAGCUACGAAAAUGUGGUGCUCAACAAGAAAACGAGCAGCGCCGAGCUUCGUACCCAAGAUGUGGUGAGUGCUGACGAAUGA